AUGUUCCUCACCCUCCAACGAAAGAGGUUUCUUCCGUUUGUUCUCUCUACGCUUGCUCUGUUCUCUCAGAGCGUCAAUGCCGACAGCUCGAAUUCAACCACGUCAAGCGACGUGCCGACUUUGGUUGAGCGGGUUUAUCACUACAGCCCGAGCAAGCCCACUGCAAUCGUUGCUGGGGUUCUCUAUGCGAUUGCUGCUUCGCUAAUCUUCGUACGGCUCUGUCGAGCCCGAAGCUGGUGGGGCCUCUGUCUUCCUAUCGCUGCUGCUCUGAUGUCUAUCGGCUUCUUCUUGCGCAUACCGAUGGCUCUGAACCCCAACAGCCUGGGCGUGUUCAUGAUCCAAGACAUGUUUAUAAUCCUCUCACCGGCUGCGUUCCUCGCGUUCAACUACAUGUUGUACGGCCGACUUGUCUCUCGCUGUAUCGACCCAAAACAUUCGUGGGUCCAGCCUCGGAAAGUAGCUCGCAUCUUCGUUACCAGUGAUGUUGUGACAUUCCUUAUCCAGGGUGGAGGUGGUGGGCUACAGGCAUCUAAAAGUUCAAGCUCGAUCACACUCGGCGCUCGUGUCCUUCUAGUCGGUCUCAUUCUGCAAACACUUUCGUUUGCUUUCUUUAUCGUCCUCGUUAUUCAUGCACAUCGGAGUUUGCGAAAUGAAAAGAUUAAGGCAUCAGACCACCUUUGGGGAAUGUUGUUCAAGCUGUUAUAUUUCACUUCGUUCUUCUUCUUGCUGCGGUGCGUGUAUCGCACCAUUGAAUAUGGACAAGCCGAAGACGGCACCGGAUAUUUGCAGAAUCAUGAAGUCUUCUUCUAUGUCCUCGAUUCGCUGGCCUUGCUCGUUGGAAUAUCCGCUUACAUUCGCUUCUGGCCAGAUAAUUAUCUGCCAAAGUUCCCGACAUCGUUUUCCCAAGUUCCGCUGAACGAACUCGCUUGA